CUCGUAGAUAAAAUGUAGAGAAAAAUAAAUAUCAAAUGUCAAAGUGAAUUGUGCACUUGGAAAUGAUUUUCCAAUGAUUUAAAAAUUCAAUAAUGCUGACUUUUUGCACCAAAAUUUUUUUUCGAAGUGAUCUUCUUACCCUGCUCUAACAAUGGAGGCAGUGAAACCAAAACAAAAAACAAAGAAAAAACAGCGCGAUAAGAAAGUCACUCCCGAAGUGACUACACUAAAAAAUGACGAGAAAGACAUCGACAGCUGUGAGGAAGCGGCCAAAGAAGAAAUUGCGACGCAAAAUAACACAAGUGAGGUCACAACAACUAAUGAGUCUCAAACUCAAAUUGGCGAAUUUGACAAACUGCUUAACUCAAGUAAACUUCUUGCGUGCGAGCUUAAACAGCAAAAGUAUCCUAAAACUGUAGUUUUGCAAAAACAGGCCAUAAAACCUUACACUGAGGAGCAGCUCGCUACUCUGUAUACAAACAGUGAGUUACAAAUGAUUGGAGAGUUUACUUCCCAGUUUGUGGAAGCUGAACUGAAAGGACUUGCUACGAAACACCACCCUUUGUAUGAACUUUUAGCUACUUAUUUGCAAGUUAGGGCUAAAAUUAUAGGGAAUUCACUGGAGCUAGACCAACUCAGGAAAGAAUAUCGCGAGUUACAAGCGAUGCUUUGGACGACAGACACGGCGACAGUGACCGGUCGAGGCGAAUGCCUUGACGGCAAUAGCGUUACAACGACUCAUUCUUAUCAAAAAGCGACCUUUCACAGAUCCGUUUUUCAGAGUAUCGCUCGUGUUUUGGGCUUAAUCCGUAAAUUGACGUACGAUAACUACACUCUGUUUUCGUAUACAGCCGAAGAUUUGCGUUUACAGAUCGAAUUGUACGUCCAAACUGCGAUUAAUAAUUGCAUGAACGCUACGGGUGUCAGCAAGGAUUCUCCUAUCAUUUUAUCACUGCAAGACGAACCUCUCCACCUUAAACCAUUCUUGUGCGAAAUUCGACUAUGUAUUUCGGUUCUUUUCGCUUUUCAACGCAAGUUAAUUCGAGACGUGCAGUUUCUCAAAGAGAGUAGAGAGUGGUUGAGUCGUUUAAUUGCCGUCUUACUGCGACUCGCCACUUACCAAGACCAUUUAUUUAUAGUUAGUCACAUUUUAAGAUGUCCAGCUGGGGUCGGUUCGUGGGCUUCCUCCUUUAUUCAAACUCCUUUAUAUGAAACGUUUUCGGAACCACCGUUCUCUUCGUACCAAAUUAAUCAUGUCUUAGCUGUUCUAACAAUGAUUCUAUCACCUAUAAAAGAACGCGAGCGAUUUUUGGCCGACGUGGUCCAAGACCACGAUACUCCCGGUGAAUCUCUGUGGAUUGUCGUCGAUUCAGAGGGUGAAGAAGACGACGAAUCGGGUUGUUCGCUUCGUGAAAACGAUUUAGUCGCUUUUCUUACACAGUUGCCUUUGGAACGUCUUUUCCGAAACGUCCUUUUAGUCGAAAGGCGAAACCUCGAGAACUUUUACGACUGUUCAAAGGUGUCACAACACCACAUUUUGCGGUUUUUUGCUUUUGCGACUGUUUUCCUCAAAAUCGUUGAUAACGGACUCCGGACUUACGACCAGUCGCGAUAUAAACAAUUCGCGAAACGUUUAAGUAGAUUGAUACGUCAUAUCGUACAAUAUGCUACUGACCAAUGGGAGGUCUUCCAGAAAAAUCCCACUUCGAGUGAUACUGCCAUGAUGGAGCGGCUUCAAGUCGAAUACGAUGCGUUUUUCCUACGUGCGAUUCAUUACCUUUAUACGUCACAAAGGUCGGGGGCUUGGCAGUUCCUCGCUGUGAUACCCUACAACAUGAUUACGAUUGAAACAGUUUGGAAGAUUUUCUAUUUUUUACAUGAAUCAGAUCAAGGGAUUCUUGCGGUUGACAAUGCGGAAAAGCUAUGGGAUAGGAAUUUUCGAAUUCAGUUUGAGGAAAAACUCUCCGCUUUGGCCGACGACGAACUUUAUUAUCUUUUAAACACGUUUGCGAAUAUGGCGUUAGCGAGGGAAUCCGACGAAAUGGAUUUUAUCGAAGCUGCCACUAAGGAUCUGUUGCAAGUGGGAUUUAUCAGCGAGAUGACUCAGGACAUUUGUUCGAAAUCGGCGAGGACGCUUUUGACACACAUCACGUCCAAACAUCAUCAUUUACUAUCAAUGAUUUUGAAAUACAUCAAAGAAAACAUUGAAUUGGCCGGAUCGCUAGUGCUAUAUCUGUAUGAAGAGUUGCCUUUGACCAUUUGGAAACUAACCGAUGACGAUUUAUCGAUUAUUGCGUGGCUUUUGUGCCAUAAUUCGAUCCAAUCAAAUGAAAGUAAGCUAGCUAGGAUGAUUUUAUCACGCUUAAAUUGGGACAUAAUCCCGUAUAAGUUACAUUGUGAGGUUGCUCUCUUGGUUUUGAGAGCUUCUGAGCAAGAACCAGGUUACCUUCAGUGGGGUUGGCAAACCAUCCUGCGUUUGAAGCUUCACAUCAAUGAUAAAGCAUUCGAUGAUAUUAAACAAGUCAAGGAUCCGGAAUUUUACGAUGUGAUGAUCAAAGGUGUUCACCAACAACAACCCUUGGCUAGUUUUGUGUCAGUUUUGAUGACUUCCUGGGGUCACUUAAUACCUCUGAUUUGCGGAAACGGUCUCUCCCAACUACUUUUUCUACAAACUCAUCAAAAACACGAAGUUGUGCUUUUUGCCCUAUAUGUGAUCGUCCCUUUAUUCAUAGACUCGCAGGAGUAUAUAAUAAACAACGAACGUUUCCAAGAAAUCAUCUCCAAGUUAAUAAACGCGGAUCGAGGUUACAUAUCAAUGGCGAAGAGUUUGAUAAGUGUUCAAAAAACGAUUUUACAACAAUUUGGAAACAUGAUUGAAACCCAAAUUGUCAAUUUUGCCAAUUAUGGAUUGUCUAGUCCCCGAAGUUUAGUACGAUUGUGGGUCAACACUUUUGUUUCUAUCCCGAAUUGGAGCCGGGACUGUGGUGUCAUGUACUUGCUAGAUGUGAUAAUAAGAGCCGCUUUUUUCCAUCAAGACGCCCUCGAAGUGACCAAUAACAUCCUAAAGGAACUCUUACAAAACAAUGUUACACAAGAACAAGGCACGAUUAGUUCCCUUUUCAAGUGGGUUUCAAGUUCUGGUUCAAACUUCACUCUCAUAUCCGGUUCACUAUCGAGUUACACUUGGCUCGCCUUUUUGGUGAUCGAACUGGAAUUUGAGGACCGCGAAAAGAGGACGGGUCUAUGGCGAGAAUUACUCUUGCAACUUGAUGGUCAAAAGGGCAAAGUCAAUGUUGACGCGGCUAUAAAAAAGGCUGCUUCGAUUUUAAAAGUUGCACCCUUCAGUUCAGGAUCUUUGUCGAUUUAUCGGUGGGCCCAACAAGCAAUGGAUUCGCCAAUUGAUCAUCCGUUGUUACCUUUACUUUGGCAAAAAUUCUUCAUUCUUUAUUUAGCAAGGAUUCCAGUGAGUCGGGCAAACAGCAACGGUUGUGUGGGUGAAAAAUUCUUCGACGGUUUAGUUAACUUUGCGUUCUUGAAACGUAUGAAACGAAAAUUGCAAGAAACUUUGGAUUAUUACGUGGAAAAAAUGAAUGGUGAAGAAGACAGUUCACGGAGGUUGUUUCUGGAAGCUUGCGUCAAUUUGUUUAAAGCUUUCAGUGCGUGGUUAGAAGAGCCUCGACUCCAAAAAGACAAUCUUCUUUUGCCUUCAUUACCGGCCUUGUAUCAACCGAAUUUGUUGGCUUUUAUCAUUCAAGGCAGUAAUACUCCAUGGUAUGAGUAUGUCGAUUAUGAGAAAAUCAAAUUGGAGCAAGUGGAGUCUGUCCAAAUUUGGCAAUCUUCAAAUUUUCGUCACAAAGCAAACAUCAAUAAACCUCUCCUGAACCCGGGAAAAUCAAUGGAAAGCGUCGAUCCAGUCGAGAGGAUUUUACGCCGUUUGACCUCUUACGAAACUUGCAAAAGCCCUCCUGACAUCAACAACAACCUUCUCCACAUUCCUACUAUCGAUUUCUCAGAUAAAACUUCAUUACUUAAUUCGUUAGAUCAGUGCUUCAAGACUUUGAAACAGUUUGCACACAAUCACACCUUGAAAAUGUCGGAACAUAAAGCUUUGGAUUGCUCGUAUCAGGAAUUAGUGCCUCAAUUGUACCGUUCUGUUUUGAACAAAGUGAGCAAGAAAAUUCCUUGUAAAGGCCGAAAUGAGACUGUGAAUUGUUCAGGGGCUGCCCUUAUUGUACUAGAAGUGCAAGAAGCAAGAGUCAAUGAACGAAUCGAUCAUCAAAUACAAACAAACCGAAACGCGUAUGAGUCUUUAUUGACAAAAUCAUUACAAGCACCAGCUACAGCACUUUGUACCGCUUCUGUGACAUUACAACAAGCUAUAAAGUAUGAUUUUGAAAGUUAUCGAACAAUUAUUGAAUUGAAUUGUUUCAGAAUAUUACAAUUGCAAGUCGGUAACCCUUCCAGGGGCGAACUUGGUACCGAAUUGUUUUAUCAUAUCUUGUCGUUGAUAAAUGACGAAACUAGUGGUUAUUUACCAACUAAAACAUUGUUUGCCUCGUGUUUAGAAAGGUUAGGACAGUCGCACAUAUCCGGGGUUGAGUUUGAAAUGCCACGUCUUUUGGAGAAAAUUCUCAAAGAACCAGCUUUAGGGGGGUAUUUGGCACCACAUUUUUCUCCAAGUAAUGUUGGCACUGUGAAUCUUCUCUACAUGUACUCGAGGAUUUGUCAAGAGAUUGGCAAUAACUACGACGUGGCUUUCGCUCUUUUAUCAAAGUUCGAAAUCGAUAAAUGGUUACAUGUGAAGGAACCAAAAUUGAAUCAACGUUCGGAAUUCAUCCAGUGUGUCGUUCGAGCUUUGUCAAGUUUAGGUUUUGAGCCUUCUGUGGAAUCCUUGAUCCUCCACGGCUUAUACAGACGUCACUUGUUGACCAUAUUUGAGUUUCAAUUCCCCGAACAUUACGGUGACGUUUUGAUCAAUCUUUUGAAAAGUAGUAAUGGAAGUAGUGAGAAUUCUCUUUUGUCGACUAGUGUUUGGUUAGAUAUUGUCAAUUGUUUGGCUCAUCCGGUUCAAAUUAAUUAUAAAGCGCCUCUGAAGGAUCAAUUGAGACAAUACACUCAACAUCAGAAAAUGUUGCAACAUCAGGAGUUGUUAGAAACUGCUGAAUUGUUUGCCAAACACUUCACUCAGGAACGGUUGCAGUACGGUUUGUAUGGUCUUUACCCGAAAUGUCGGAAUUAUAUCGACAUUUUUGUUAUUCUUCUGGGGAUGACGGGUCAUGGUCUCAUAACAAGUACUCUGAAUACGCAUCAAGGGUUGCUUGGAGAUAAGAUGCUCCAAAAAAUUUGGCCUUAUUUGAUCAAUAUGUUUGCUCCGUGGAUCGUUCCGUACUCCAUGCAAACUUUGAAGGAGAAUAUGGCUUCGUGGAUCCAGCAGUUGGCGGACGAUCGUUCAAUACUUCUCCCUUGGAUCCCCUCAGACGGGCCUUUGGCCCAAAAACUCGUCAACAUCUUCUGCGAAUGCGUCCAUUUUCUCAUUUAUACUUUGCCGGCCUCGUCCGGUAAUAUCCUGAGUUUUAUAUGGCAGUGGUAUGUGACGAGUUUCGCGCAUAAUGCGGUCAAAGUUCACAUUUUGGGACCUGUUCAUCAUUCGUUUUUGACGUUUCCUUGGGAGAGUUUCUGGCCAUCUGUGACCGAUUUGGAGUUUAUGUUACGGGUGAUUGAUCAAUAUCUACCCGAAUCACAUUCGUUCCUUGGACAUAUUUUCAUGGCAGUGUCUUGGUCUCCUUGGCUCAGUAAUUUUAGAGGGUCUCCGCAACAGAUUAGAGAGCGCAUCUGUCAUUGUUACCUCCAUCUUUUGGUGAAAUUAUCAAAUGAACCCAACGUGCGUAAUAAAUAUUCAGAUCGAAUUAAAAGUCUGUUAGUAGAAUCGGAGAACUUUGGCUUGGAAACUGUAGAUUCGAGUGUUUAUCAACAUGUAAUGGAUUGGUACGUCCUCAGUUGUGACCCUUCGGUUAUAUUCAGGAGCGAUCCGCUUGAUGUUGAUUUCAGAGUCUUACAUUUCCUGCAAUGUGUUUCUGGGUACGACAGAGUUUUAGAGGAGAGCGACGCCCAGAUUCGGACUAAAAGAUUCAUUUAUGUUAAAAGUUUUGUGAAAUUGUUAUCAGUUUACGUAAAUAGGUGUAAGUCUGUAGUUGCAACCAAAGAGAGUGAUUUGAAUACUGUGAUAACCCAACAAUUGUUUCACUUGGAAAAAAAUGUAAAAAUCCAAGAGGAAUUUAACGCAAUUUUGAGGGAACUGCUAGGAAUCGUAAAUUUAUCUGACAUUCGUCAUUGUGUUUUAAAAUGUUUUGAUUCAUGGCUGUUAUAUAAGACUGGGGAUGAAAUGGCUGUUCGAGGAAUAUUGCAAGUUUCAGGAAUCACAGUCGAGGAUCCUGAAGCACUUGGUUUUUUACUGGAAUCAACUUUAACGUGUUAUUUUCAAAGCAGUGUUUCCGGUUCAUUUAAUCCAAGUUGGUGUGAAGUUGCGGAAAUUUUGAGCGUGGUCAAAAAUAAGGAAAAAGAGUUGGAAAAAGUCAUGCUUAGUCGUGGGUAUAUCCUGGCUUUGAACGCCCUUUUCCUCCAAAAAAUAAAUAAAUGUAAUGACUUUGAACGACUUCUCAAUUUAGCCACCGAAUGGAUGCGAGAUCUGAAAUUCAGCGGCGAAUCCGCCGAAUCUAAAGUCCCUUUGCUUUGGAUCGGGAUUAUUCGCUUAACGUUGCAGUAUUGUGAAAUUGACGAAAAUACCACCGGUGUGAUUUUACACAAGUUCGCGAAAAUUCUCAUACAAAUAUCGGAAGAUAAGGCGGGUUCGAAGUGGGGGCGAGGGCUGCUCAGCGCUAUCGGGAUCAGCAAACAAGAUGCCAUUUCGAUCAAUUUCAGAUUUUUGUGUCGCGCUUUGGCCGGCUACAUCUUGGCCCAACUACCUGAAAUGAAAGGAGCGCCUCAGGUAGUCAGACGCCAUGCUUAUGCCCCAUGCCGUGUGGGUCAAACGGGGGGAAAUAGCGAAUGCGCCAAGAUACUUAUGAGUCUUGGCUUCGGCCAGUCCCAAGGGAAAAUCAAAGAGUGCGAAGAAUUGGCGUUGAAGAAAAUACAGGAUGCCGAAAAUUCCAUGCAUAACGCCGCGAAAUUCGUCGAACUCUUAGUUAAACAAUUUUAUAUUAAACCAUACUUGAAUGAUCUAUCCUAAUUUUUAUGACGUUAUAAUUUUAUAUGAGUGUUUGAAAUAAAGCUCUGGAAAACGA